AUGCUUCGAUUUGACCUCAUGUCGGAUCAGUCCAACGAUAAUGCAGAACGGCCUCAGUCGACUGACGUGGCGCAGGUUCGAACAAAGUCAGAUGCCAAGGCCGACACACCAAACCAAAUGGGAAUUGAGGCAGUUGCAGCCCGGCUUGGCGAACAUAAUAUCAAUGGUCUUAUGGUGAUUGGCGGUUUUGAGGCCUUUGAGUGCAUGCUUGAAUUGGAUGAGGGUCGAAAGCAGUUCAAGGAACUCUGCAUCCCAAUGGUGAUGAUUCCGGCCACAAUUAGCAACAACGUACCAGGAACAGACUUCUCCCUCGGUGCUGAUACUGCCCUGAAUGAAAUUACUACGGUGAGUUCCCAGCUCGGGUGGUGUAUGUUGGGGGUUCAUUGUACCAGCUAA